CCCAAUGCAUCCACCGGUGACCUUUGUGUCCUCGGUGACUAGCCCUGAUGCCAGGACGCUAGCCCCAGCCGCCUCCCACCCAACGCAUGCUCUUGUCACCAUCAUGGCCUCUACAGCCAACUCUGAUGCACCGAGGGAUGAGUCGAUUAGGCUCUUCCAGUCCGAUGCCACAAUGGAGAAUUCUCGCAAUGAUCUAGACUCGGGAUCUAUUGAUGAAGAAGAUAUUGCCUUUGAAAAGCUCGAUCCAAAGGAAGGUAAGUUCCAGGGUGUCGAUCUAGAUCUAAAAGAGGAGGAUCGGGCUCCUAUGACGCUCCCCACAUGUUGCUCCCCUUCUGCACCCCAUAAGGUUGCAACGACGGUUGUUGAUGCUCUGGGGAGUGCAACUAGUGCUCUAGGGUGUGUCACUUGCCCCGCGAUGGUGCUACCAAAGGGGAGCAUUCAAGUGGCCACCCUCAAGCAUGUAGAAGCGGUAAGGGAGGAGACAGAUCUGGGCCUUAGCUCGGACACCGAAUCAGAUGAGGGCAUACGAGAUGCCUUAACUUUGCCUGACACACAGGCAGGUAUCCAGGGCACGCGUGCCAUCACCACUACAAUAGAGAAGGAUUACAAGAAGUUUCACUCCAAACCUAAAGUUGACUUAUUUCCAAAACCAUCGUCAAAAGGAGCAGAUAUGUUCAAUGGAAGAAAACUACAGAAGAAGAGGGCGGUGGAUUCUGAUGAUGCUGAAAGUAGUGGGACUUCUACCAAGCACAACAAGGUUAUUAGUACUAGAGGAAGGGGAGGAGGAACAGGAAGGCAAAGGAGAAGGAGCAGGAUGCCGUCUACUGCAUAUUGUCCUAUGCUCCAUGAGAUGGAUAAGCUACCCCCUGGUUUUAUCUAACUGGGGGAAAUGAUUUUCAUGAGAGAGUGCAUGACAGCAACCAAUCCACAAAUUUCCUUGUCAUUGUUUAAGAAGAAAUGCAGAAAAAAAAUUGCGCCGCGUCAAACCAUUUGAUGAUGCUCCAUUUUUCUAACUAUCUAUUUGUUGAUGUUUGCUUGUGUGAUUGAUCUCCA